AUGAGUAUCCGUGCAGCUACCUACUGCAAACGUCGCCGUCGAGCUAAAGGCUCCACCAAGAAAUCGACCUAUCCCCACUGGACAUCAAUCGUCUUCAUCGCCCUUUUUGGAAUCUGUUGCUUUGCCGCUCCAGUGGCACAUGCCAACGAAGAAUCAUCUGAUGCAGCUAAUCCUUCUGGACCCAUUAUUGGAAUUGAUCUCGGAACGACCUAUUCUUGUGUGGGCGUCUUCAAAUCGGAUGGAAACGUAGAGAUCAUUGCCAAUGAUCAGGGAAAUCGAAUCACGCCAUCGUACGUUGCCUUUACAGAGACCGAACGAUUUGUUGGAGAUGCAGCAAAGAACCAGGCGACUAUCAAUCCGGAAAGUACCAUAUUUGAUGUCAAGCGUUUGAUUGGACGUGAGUACAACGACAAGAGCGUCCAAGCCGACAAGAAGUUGGUCCCGUUCAAGAUUGUUCCCAACAAGGAAGGCAAACCUCGCAUUCAAAUCGAUCACAAUGAUGGCAAGGAAUCAUUGUAUGCUCCCGAAGAAAUCUCUGCCAUGGUACUUGGCAAAAUGAAAGCCACUGCGGAAGCCUAUCUUGGACAAAGCGUUACUCGUGCCGUCGUGACGGUUCCUGCCUACUUUAAUGAUGAUCAGCGCCAAGCCACCAAGGAUGCUGGUCGGAUUGCUGGUCUCACAGUUGAGCGAAUUAUCAACGAACCUACCGCUGCAGCUAUUGCCUAUGGCAUGAACAAAAAUAUGGAUGAUAAAAACGUGCUCGUGUUUGACUUGGGUGGUGGAACAUUCGAUGUCACACUAUUGAACAUUGACGAUGGCUCGUUUGAAGUCUUGGCUUCCCACGGAGAUACACAUUUGGGAGGAGAGGACUUUGACCAACGGGUCAUGCAAUACUUUAUCAAGAAGAUGCAAAAGUCCCAAGGAGUCGACAUUUCCAAAGACACACGAGCUCUGCAAAAGCUUCGCAAAGAAGUAGAAAGGGUCAAGCGUGCCUUGUCCUCUCAGCCACAGGCUCGAUUGGAGGUUGACGAUAUCAUUUCUGGACAUGACCUCCAAGAAACUUUGACUCGAGCUCGAUUUGAAGAACUGAAUAGCGAUCUCUUCAAGCGUACCAUGGGUCCUGUCAAGGAGGUUCUAGAUCGCUCGAAUUUGACCAAAGAAGAUGUCGACCAAAUUGUGUUGGUCGGUGGAUCGACCCGUAUUCCAAAGAUCCAACAGCUGCUCUCUGACUAUUUUGGUGGAAAGGAGUUGUCCAAGUCCAUCAAUCCCGACGAAGCAGUUGCCUAUGGUGCCGCUGUCCAAGGUGCUAUUUUGAAUGGCGAUGAUGAGGUCAAGAAUCUCUUGCUUCUCGACAAAAUCUCCUUGUCCAAGGGUAUUGAAACUGUCGGAGGAGUCUUCACCACGAUUGUGCCCAGAGAUACCACCCUUCCAGCCAAAAAGUCCCAAACCUUUUCGACUCAUUCGGACAACCAAUCCACCGUCCUCAUUGACGUGUACGAAGGCGAACGUCCCAUGACCAAGGAUAAUCAUCCACUUGGCAAGUUUGAACUUUCUGGACUUCCUCCUGCCCCUCGUGGAGUUCCGCAGAUUGAAGUUACCUUUGAAGUCGACGCCAAUGGGAUCCUUCAAGUUUCGGCGGUCGACAAGGGCACGGGCAAGAGUGAGAAGAUUACCAUUACGGCCGACAAGGGACGCUUGUCGGAACAAGACAUCCAACGCAUGAUCGAGGAAGCCGAAGAGUAUGCAGAAGAAGAUCGCUUGUUCAAGGAACGUAUUGAAAGUCGAAAUGGUUUGGAGUCUUAUUUGUACGGCUUGAAGACCAACCUUGAUGGAGAAGAUUCGACUGUGAGCUUGUCCAUGGAUGACAAGAAGGAACUCUUGGAUCUUGUGGACGAAAAGUUGGAUUGGAUGGAAGACAAUCCAGAUGCAUCCAAGGACGAUCUUGAUGAUCAACGCAAAGAAGUGGAACAAAUCGCCAUCCCCUUGAUGCGUCAAGCCUAUUCCGGUGGUGCACAAGGAAAUGAUGAUGAUGAGUAUGUUGAAAGUGAUCUCUAG